AUGAGGAUGACUACAUUCUAUAGGGAAGGACCAAAAAACGUCGUUUUGCAGAGAACACGUUUUUCUGAAGCGACACAUUUUGUUGAUUUGAUAAGAAUUUCAUGUCUAUCAUCGAACCGAAAAGCUGAAAAGAAACUCAAAACUAUAAACAUACCCAGCAUCACAGAGCUACACAGGGCAGGGGUCAAGUUGAAAGGGGGAUCAGCGGAUAACUUAUUUGAUAUUCAAUUUGCUGACGGGACUCUUGAAAUUCCAAAAUUGGAAAUAAGCGAUCAGACAGAGCUAAUAAUUAGAAAUCUCGUCGCAUUUGAACAAUGCCACUACAAGGAGAAGCACGUAAGUAAUUAUGUACGUCUCAUGGAUUGUUUUGUGAACACCCCAAGGGAUGUGGAGUUGCUUGUUAAGUAUGGUAUCGUUGAAAAUUUUCUAGGCGACAACAGUGAGGUUUCUACUUUGAUUAAUAAGCUUGGAAAAGGGGUUCAAAUAAACGUCAAUAACUUUUAUUUUGCUAGUGUUUGUGAAGCCCUGAACACCUACUACAGAGCUCCCUGGAACAAAUGGAAGGCAAAUUUGAGACAAAAUUAUUUCAACACACCUUGGGCAAUUAUCUCUUUCGUUGCAGCUGUUUCUUUCCUCAUACUCACUUUCAUCCAAGCAGUGUGCUCCAUUAUAUCUAUUGCUUAAGCAUCAGCAACAGCAACUGGAUCUCUUUCUGUAUUCUGCUUGUCCUUUUUCC